CCUUCUCUCAUUAUAGCAUCUAAUGCAUUUUCACAAUUCACAGCCCACACCACCGCCGUCGGACGGCUCAGACACCUCUGAUCAGCCAACACAAGUAUUUCACCCGUCCUUUGUGCCCAAACCGAGUGGAAUACUGGGAUCUGCGGCGAGUGGGGCUCAUUACUCUGGUGCCAAGGUACAUCAUAGACGAUCAGACGUCCAACGGGCUAGCGGUUCGCGAGAUCCGUCUGAACUUACGGAGUCCCAUCAGCGGAUAAUCAGCGACUUGAGUGAGCUUUACUGUUGUCGACCGACUGCGGAGAUCUUUCGUAGGAGCUUCAGGGAAGAUGCAGAGUUUGAGGACCCGUUAACGUAUAGCAAGGGUGUCCAGGAGAUUGCGUCACAGUGGUAUGCACUGCCAAAGAUAUUCGCAAAAUCGGAGACACGAGCAAGUCGGGUCCUCUCCUCCACACUGCAUCCAAAUCGCAUCGUCUACUCGCAGACACAGCAAUACACGGUGCGAUUCUUGGGGACUAAACAUACUGUCAAGUCCAUCAUAAUCGUUAAUUUGGAUGAGGACGACAAGAUUAUGAGGCUUGAAGAUCAAUGGAAUGGGGAGGAACCUCCGACGGCUUGGGGAUUGGCUACGCUUCGACGAUUGAACGGAAGGCUUACGCCGUGGCUUAUCCGAGUUCCCAAAGACUUGCGAGAAUAAGUCCAACAUACGAGGUACCAGGAGAACGAGAAACGACGUCUUCAUUGUAAUUUGUACUUCAUUUUGCAUAAUCUGCUUGGCCGAUGGCACAUUGCUUCUAUAACUUUCAUCUGAUUUUGAUUUUGUUGUUGACCCGUUCUAUUCUAUGGGAUUUGUGUAAUUCUAGUUUGUUUGUAGCCAUGCAUAUAUGAUCCGUGGCACGUCCUUCUAUAGGGAGAACUAUGUAAUUCCGUCCAGGGUGGUUUGUUUCUUUACAUAUAUAAUCGACACAUGCAUUUCUA